UACGAAGAUUCGUUCAAGUUCUUAUUUAUUAAUUUUAUAUUUAUAUUGAAUAUUUCUUUCAAAAGAGUCGUUCUCGUUGUCACAGUUAAUCAAAAUGAAGACUUAUUUGAUCUGUAAAAUUAAAUGUAGAUUUCGAAAAGUUGGGUCAGAAUCGGCCCAGGAACCGUCGUCUAGAGGUUAAAAAAUGAAUUAACAAAGAUAAAAGUGGGGUAAAAGGUUACGUUCAAAAACUUGAUCGUAUGUUUUUCUUUCACGUGGCUCUAUACAAUAUUAGAUUAUCGAAAUUAAUAAUUCUAUGUUCAUUGAACUGAAUGGAAGGAAUUCGAGUAAUUUGAGCAGUCUACGAAUACAUUCGAAAAUACGACCGCUAGGAGUGUUAUAUCCAACAAUGCGGCUGGGUGCGGUGAAAAUUUUACAUAACGGUGGGGAUAUGUUCAGCAGAAAUAUCGUUCCUAGCUCAAGAUGACACUAAUCUGAAAGCUAUUUCCGCACGAGAUACAUACAGGUGGAGAAACACAGUGACCUUUAAUCUUUUGUGUCAAGUUCUCGUCGUUUGCAAAUAAAAAAAUACGGUUGUCGUGGAUCUCUAUUUUGGACCAGGAUAACUAUUUUCCGAGAAUUCACAUGCUUUCAUGAAUAAGCCUUGGCGCCUAAUUAUUCGUGAAUCAUAAAUACCGUUUUAAUAGUUCCAUUAUCGGAUAAAUUUCUUUGGACAUUGUAAUCUAUCAAGAACAAUAAUUAGCAUGAUUGUUGUUUUUGUUUUAAAAAGAUUAUGACAACAAAUAAUAAGGAAUAUUCUAUAGUCCCUCUUCAUAGAAGACCAGAAUUAAUUAAAGACUGUUGCAUAUUACUUAAUUCUGAAUGGCCAAGGAGCGAGACUGCACGGUUAGAAUCUUUAACUGUAUCAUGUGACAAAUUUCCCACAUGUCUUAUACUUAUUAACAAGGAGAACAGAGUCCUUGGUCACUGUAAGAUAUCCCUGAUACCUAAAUUGCGCCACAGUUGUUUCAUACAGUCAGUUAUAAUCGACUACAAAUGUAGAUCCCAAGGGCUUGGAUCUAGAUUGCUCCAUGGUGCAGAAGAUUAUGUUAAAAGGAGAGGAUUUAAGAAUGUAUAUUUAACAACGAAAGGUCAAGAAGUUUUCUAUCUUAAAAAUGGCUAUAAAACCUGUGAUCCAUUCAAAGCCUAUGGAAUUAAUGAUGUUGUAUAUUCUACUGCAGCAUUUACAAAAUCAAAACUUAAAGAAAAAUCUAUACAAUUUUCUGGCCCACCACCUCCACCAAUGCCAAACUUUCGGAUGCCAAAGUUCUAUGAUUUUAAUGCAAUUGCUCAUAGAACUCAUAUGGUAAAAACAUUACAAUAAUAGUAAUGUAAUGAAACACGCUUUUACACCUAAGUCCUUUUCAUAUUCCAUUACAUAAAUGUUGCAGAUCACGCAUUAUUUAUUUACUUAGUAAAUUAUUUUUGUAAUUGUUCAUGCUACACUAAUACUUAUCAUUUGUCCAGUACAGUCAUAAAAAUUAAAUUAUACAAUCCAUUCCAAUAA